ACUACCAACGCUUUCAAGCUGCGAACCAGUAUAAGUUUUCAUGUCUAUAUCUACUGAUACCGAUUAAGUGUGCCCCACUUCCUGUUUGAACAGUUGAUUAAACAACUUUCCACCCCAAAUGUUGUUAUCAGUUUUGACCAAGUUUUGUACUAUACUGGCUUUAUAGUAAUGGCGGACUGGGGAUCACUGCUGUGUCUUGUUGCUGUGUGUAUGGCAGACUUGGUGUCGUAUGCUAGCACCAAAAAGUAUGCCGGACAAGUCCUGUUGGUCUCCAUGGACGGUUUCCGAUGGGAUUACAUCAACAAAACCCAAACUCCAAAUUUUGACCGCAUGGCGCGCCUCGGGACGCAUGCGUUGUAUAUGAAUAACACGUUUAUUACCAAAACUUUCCCAAACCAUUACACGCUGGUCACCGGACUUUACGAAGAGAGCCACGGCAUCAUAGGAAACCACAUGUAUGAUCCCGUUCUGAACAAAACCUUCAGCCGCGGAAACAACGAUCCGGUGUGGUGGGACGGCGGGGAGCCACUGUGGGUCACGGCCCGGAAGUACAACCAGACGAGCGCCACCUUCUACUGGCCCGGAAGUGAGGCAGAGAUCCGCGGAUAUCGACCGAACAAAUGGCUGCCUUACAAUGAGAGCGUACCUUUCCGGCCACGGGUGGACCGCGUGAUGGGUUGGCUUUCGAACGACUCCAUUAACUUUGUCACUUUGUAUUUUCAUGAACCGGAUAAAACGGGCCACAAUUUCGGACCAGACUCUCCACAGAUCAUAGAGAAAGUGAAAGAAAUGGAUGGAAUUCUGGGUUACAUCUUAGACAGCAUGCAGAAGUAUUCACUGACUGACAAGGUCAAUCUGAUCGUGCUGAGUGACCACGGUAUGACCACAAUAGACCUGCAGCAUCGCUUGAUCGACAUUUCACAGAUUGUGGACAUGAAAGAAGACGUCCUGUUCACCAUGGAUGGGGGUCCAAUCAUGCAUAUUAAUCCAAAAAGGAGCCCCGAGAAUGUUAUACAGAAAAUGCGGAAUGCUUCUGUUCCACAUUUAACUGUGUACUUGAAAGAAGAAAUUCCUGUGGAAUGGCAUUAUGGGAAAAAUCGCAGGGUAAUGCCGAUCUUUGCAACGGCUGAUGAGGGUUGGGCAAUAGUUACGAAUGCAAGCAUUGCAAUGACACUGAGUGACAAGGGUGACCAUGGUUACAACAACGCACUGCUUAGCAUGAAGCCUAUAUUUUACGCCAUGGGACCUAACAUCCGCCGGAACUACCAAGUGUCCGUAUUUAAGAAUGUUGACAUUUACCCGCUAGUCUGCGAACUUUUGCAGCUUCCUCCGGCUGCCAACAAUGGAAGUCUGAGGCGGGUGCAGAGUUUUAUUGUGUCUAAUGACAGUGUGAACUCCUCCACGGAACUUUCAACUCUUUCCGUCUGGGUUCUAUUGUUAUUUUCUAUCAUCUCUUCCACGAUUAUGUCUAAUUUGAGGAGUUUGUAGACAAAGAUUAUUCAAUGUU